UACUACAUAUCCUAAAUUCUAAGCUUAUCAUCAGCAGCUCUUCAGCAUUCAGCAAUGGCUAACGCCUGCAAGCUCCUCGCCCUUGUUCUCUUCUUCGCCCUUGUUGCCAAAGGAUACGGGCAAUGCUCGGUGGAUAACCUAAGCCUGGGGCAGGCGAAGACGGGGCAGACGGUGAACGGCAAACCCGAGUGGAAAGUGAGUGUGAAGAAUCCAUGCCCAUGCACCGUUAUGAACUUGAAGUUGUCUUGUGUCGGGUUUCAGUCUGCGUCUUCCAUAGACAGCUCUGUUAUGUCCAAAUCAGGCGAUGAAUGUCUACUCAACGGCGGCUCCCCUCUUGCCCCUAUGUCUGUGUUCUCUUUCAACUACGCUUGGGACUCCAGCUUCGAUCUCACGAUCCUCUCUGGUCAACCCCAUUGUUCUUAGAUUUUUACUUUAUACUCUUAUAUAUAUAUAUAUAUAAGUAUCUUUUUCAUCUUCUUGUUAGAAAAAAAAAACAUGAGAUUUUGAUUUGCAAAAUCGUAAUAAGAGAGAGAGCGAGCGGUUUAUGAUAUGUCAUUAGGGUUUUAACGGCUUGAGUUGUUACAAUUUAUUUGAAUAAACCCUUGUCGAUAAUCAAAAUUACCCUAUUCUCAUGC